AUGUCAGGUAGAAGAAGAGCUUACCCACAACCGCAGUAUUCGGCACCAGGAGCUGCUGGCAUUGCCUCUUCCUCUAUUGGCCAAGCACAACAAGCCGUUUUGCAAGGAGGAGUGCCUCAGUAUGGGGGUGCUCCGGCUUAUGGAGUUGACCAGUUGCAGGGCCAGUUUCAGCAAAUGAAUGUCAAUGGAGCACAGGCGCAACAGGCGCAACAAGGUCAGUAUUCCCAUCUCCAGUAUCAGCAACAGCCAAACGCACAGCUUGGUUAUGACCCUUACCAAGCACAAGCGCAAGCUGGUGUUUAUGGGCAAGGCAUGGGUGGGGUUCCACCUGCUGCGGGAGCAGCAGCUGCCUACCAAUCUGGAGCCUAUGGCGGCUACGGCACUGCUAGCAUUGCAACUGGUGUGCAGUUGAAUGCCUUGUACACAACGGACUUGUCGAGAGACUUGCCACCACCAAUUGCCGAAUUGUCAUUCCAGCCACCUCCCAUCACGUUGUCGGAGAAUGCCACUUUGAUUCCCGGGUCCAAGACUGCAAAUGCCUCGUGCGACUACUUUAGAUCCACUUUGAACGUUAUCCCCAAUAACUCGUCGCUUUUGAAAAAAUCAAAACUUCCAUUGGCAUUGGUGGUCAAGCCCUACAAUGCUUUGAAAAUAGAUGACGAAAACGUGCCUGUGACUUGUGACACUACCAUCAGCAGAUGUCGUCGUUGUCGUGGCUACAUCAACCCAUUUGUCACUUUGGCUGAAAAUGGUAGACGCUGGAGAUGCAACUUCUGUAACUUGUUGAAUGAUAUUCCAAGUGCUUUUGAAUACGAUGAAAUCAGCGGCCAAGUUAGAAACAAGUUUGAUAGAGUUGAAUUGAACCAUGCCGUGGUUGAGUUUAUUGCACCAAAAGAAUAUAUGGCCAGAGCUCCGCAACCUAUUGUUUACGUGUUCAUCAUUGAUGUUUCCGUGCACGCGGUACAAAGUGGAUUGACAGGCACAAUCACCAGAACUAUUUUGGAAAGUUUGGACAGAAUUCCCAAUGAAAACAAGACCGCGAGAAUCGCUUUCAUUGGGGUUGAUUCCAACUUGCACUACUUUAGGUUCUACGAAGGGUUGGAGGGCACUGAAACCAUGGUUGUUGCCGAUAUCGACGAGCCUUUCUUGCCCUCUCCUGGUGGACUUUUGGUUAAUUUGGACGAAAACAGAGAGGCUAUCGAAAAAUUGCUUCUUGAUUUCCCAUCAUUCUUUGAAGGAACUGCUAGUCAAGGUUUCGCUUUGGGUCCAGCAUUGAAAGCGGGACACAAGUUGAUCAGCAAUGUUGGUGGUAAAUUGGUUUGUUUUGCUGCCACUUUGCCCAAUGUAGGUGAAGGAAAAUUGAGUGUUCGAGACGAAGCCAGCGUUGCUGGAAAAGUCAAAGAAGCCAAGGCCUUGUUGACUUCGGCCGACAGCUUCUACAAAUCGUUUGCCGUCAAUUGUAACUCGUCUCAAGUUACUGUUGACCUUUUCUUGACGUCGUCGGCUUAUCAAGAUGUUGCUACCUUGUCCAACUUGCCCCGAUACACUGCAGGUCAAACCCAUUUCUACCCAGCAUGGACAAGCAAAAAAUACGAAGACGUUGCCAAAUUGUCGAAAGAAGUUAGUGACCACUUGUCUCAAGACAUUGCCUUGGAGGCUGUGUUGAGGGUUAGAGGAUCAACAGGUUUCCGAAUGUCCUCAUUCUUUGGUAAUUUCUUCAACAGAUCAUCUGAUUUGUGUUCAUUCCCCACUUUCCCCAGAGACCAAUCUUAUCUCAUUGAGAUGUCGAUAGAGGAAACCAUUAAUAAACCAGUUGUUUAUUUCCAAGCAGCUGUUUUGCAUUCAACGUCGUUUGGAGAGAGAAGAAUCAGAGUCAUGAAUUUGGCUUUGCCGACAUCUUCCAAAUUGGUUGAUAUAUAUGCCUCGGCCGACCAAUUGGCAAUCACAAACUAUUUCACCCACAAGGCCAUUGAAAAAGCAUUGUCUUCGUCGUUACCAGAAGCGAGAGAAUACCUCAUUUCCAAAGUAGUUGAUAUAUUAAACAUUUACAGGAAGGAGCUCGUUGCAGGAAAUGUUUCCGGAGCCUCGCCGUUGCAAAUAUCCACCAAUUUGAGAAUGUUGCCGCUUUUGCUCUUUUGCUUAACCAAGCACUUGGGUUUCAGGAGCGAUAGAGUGCCAUCCGAUCACAGGGCUGCUGCAUUGAACAACCUUGGAUCUUUGCCAAUCCCACAGUUGAUCAAGUCCAUAUAUCCUACUGUGUACUCCUUGCACAAUAUGCCUGAUGCGUGUGGACUACCAGGCGUUAGAGAAGGGAGCGAAGAAUUUGAGCAAGAAGACUCAUCUGAGGUUGACGUGGUGUUACCGGAACCAGUCAAUGACUCGAAAACGUCCUGGGAAAACUAUGGAUUAUACCUCAUUGACAAUGGCAGCGAGCUAUUCUUGUGGGUCUCAGGUAACGUUGUCCCAGGGUUAAUCCAAGAUGUGUUUGGUACGGAAAACUUGUACGAGAUCCCAACGGGCAAAACCGAGCUUCCCGAAUACUCAAUUGAGCAAAGUGAAUUCAACUACAGAGUGCGUCAAAUCAUUGGUAAAAUCAGAGAACAACCAGACUCGAUCAUUUGGAAGAAUUUGUAUGUUGUUGUUGGUGCUUCAUCGAACGAGCCAAUUGAAAUUUCCCAGCAGCGUGACCUCAUGGCUUUGAGAAUGUGGGCUUCAAGUUGCUUGGUGGAGGACAAGACAGGUAGUGAACCUUCCUAUAGGGACUUUUUGACUUCGUUAAAGUCAAAGGUGUCACAGUAA